AUGGGAAACAACAGUUCCCACAAGAGGACCAAAGUGCCCAAGCAGGCCCGCAAGGAGAGGCCACCUGACAUGGACAAGGCCUGGCGGAAACAGCAGUUCUUCAACCACCUCAAGUGGAAGAAGCCGAGUACCAAGAUCGUGCUGCUUUUCCGCCUGGAUAAGCGGCAGCAGCUAGCCGAGGCGACGGCGGGCCCCGGCGCGCGGCCCGGGCGGCCGGGUGAGGACGCGGCGGGCGCCCCCUUGGGCUCCCAGGCGGCGGCGCCCACGUUGCAAGGUGCGGGCGACGGCGCUGAGCGGCGCGAGAGCGCGCGUGGGCGCGAAACGAAGACGAUCCUAGUCAAGCUGCUGCUGCGGCUGCUGGACGCACGGCUGCAGCAGGAGGAGCGCCGCGUGGCGGGCGGGCCCGCGGGCGGGCCCGGCGUGGGGGGCGGGGCCAAGGCCGCGCAUGGCUGGCGGCGGCUUGUCGCCCGUCUGCUGACGGAGAGCAAGGCUGGCCGCUACGCCUACCCUGCCUAG